AUGAGAGUGCAGAGCAAGCAAGAAACGUUUGCAUGGUAUGAGGAAUGUAGGGAAUUGGUAAGGGUGAAAGCCAAAAACCUAGAAAAGGAGCAGCCGAGAUGCUUGGUUGAUGGAAAUGAACUGCUCAGAUUUCAUGGCACAACACUUGCAUGUUCACUUGGUUCAAACGCUUCCUCUUCUACCCUUUGCACUUUAGACCACUGUGGUGUCUGUCAAAUUCUGAAGCAUGGUUUUUACUCCAACCAAGAACUAUUUAAUGGUGCACUUGGGGUUUGCACCUCUUCUAGCAGUGCAAAAGCUAUUCAUUCAAUUUGCUCACCCAAUAACAAAUCUGUGACGAGAAAAUGUGUUAUGCUGUGCAGAGUGAUAGCUGGGAGAAUCCAUAAUCCUCUACAAGAGAUUGAGGAAAUCACUCAUACUGGGUUUGAUUCUUUGGUAAAGAAAAUGAGAGACCACUCAGAGAUUGAAGAACUCGUUGUGUUAAAUCCUAGAGCUGUGCUCCCUUGCUUUUUGUGGAUGGCGAAAUGGAUAGUGUUUGCGCUUUGGAUUCGCCUCUUGAAUAAGGGGUUCUACUUCUUAGUUUUCUCUACGGCUUCUGAUUUCUCGCUGGGAAAGGUCUUGGGGUGGAUGAUGAUGAUUGGGGUUGAAAAUCUGGGUUGUUAG